CGGCACUGGACCAAAUGCUGGCUGCUUCGGGUGCUGUAGCCGCAAUCAUUAGGGCCUUCGCGUCUCCGCGUCGUGGGAGGCAACCGCGACGUCCCGACCUUUCGCACUCGGAGCGCGCGCGCUCUGCAGUCGCCAGAGGAGUGGACACGGAACACGCGAAGACCAACGCCUGCGUGCUAAGUGAAGGCCAUGGACCUGGAUGAACUGCUGCCGGAAAUCGGGGCCUUCGGGCCAUACCAGAAGUGGAUCUACUUCCUCCUCUGCAUCCCGGCCACGCUGCCUUCGGUAUUCACUCUAUUCAACAGCAUCUUCGUAUCGGCCACACCCCGCCACUGGUGCCGUGUACCCGAGAUGGAGGCCCUCAGGGAAGCCUUCCCGCCAGCUCUGCUCGUCGAACUCAGCAUCCCGCGACGAGCGGGGCGCGGCUUCGAAAGCUGCCGCAUGUACGACCUCAACUACACGGCGCUGGUGCAUCGCGUGCUCGACGAAGGCACGCUGCCGCAACCAAACGAGUCCUGGCCGACGAGAGCCUGCGACGAUGGAUGGGUCUACGACGCCACCUAUUACGAUGACACGCUGGUGACGCAGAUGAAUGUCGUCUGCGACGACGCGUGGAAGGUGUCCAUGGCCCAGUGCGCUUUCUACAUCGGCAGCGUGGUUGGCAACCUGCUGUUUGGCUUCAUCGGUGACAGCGAAGGUGGCCGGUCAUGGGCAAAGAGCACUUACGAAAGAGAAGCUUCGAGUGCUCUUUGCCAUUGGCCGGCAGAGUUCGCUAGCAGUAUAUACUAUAUGUCUAGCAUCCGAGGGAUGGCUGGAAUUUUUUAUUACGAACAAUUCUACAGCAAGAGCGUUUUGCAAAUACGCGCCCUGGACAGUAAUGAAAGGCUGCCUGCUCGCAGGUGGGGUCGCAAGAAGUCGUUCCUGCUGACCAUCGUGGUGAGUCUGGUAGGAGGAAUCGGGGCCGCCUUUCCGGUCACCUACGAAGGUUACAUCGCCUGGAGAGGCGUUGUGGGCAUGACCUACCCAGCCAUCUUCCAGACACCGUUCAUCAUGAGCAUGGAGAUCAUGAGCCCCGAGAAGCGCACCUUCGCUGGCAUGUUCGUGUGCGCCAUCUACGGCGUGGCGCUCAUGACUCUGGCUGGUGUGGCAUACCUGCUGCGCUCCUGGUUUCCCGUUGCGGUGGCCACCUCGCUGCCCUUCGUCGUGCUGCUGGCCAUUUGGUGGCUCAUUCCAGAGUCUCCGCGGUGGCUUCUCAGUCAGGACAGACUGGCCGAGGCCGAGAUUCUUCUCCAGAAGAUUGCCAAGAGGAAUGGAAAGAAGAUUUCGUCAGAUUUCUUGGCGACUUUUAUGGAACAAAAGAAAGAACUAUGCUGCGAUGAAACAGCAACGGAAGAAAAGGUGACGCUGCAAAGACUGGUGCAGUAUCCGAACCUGCUGAAAAAGGUGGUAGUGGUGUGCUUCAGCUGGACGGCCAACACCGUGGUGUAUAACGGCCUGUCAUUCGCCGUCUCGUCCAUGGGCAUCAGCGAUUACGUGUCAUUCGCCAUUAGUGGCGCCGUCGAGGUGCCGGGCGUCUGCAUCGCCUGGUACUUCAUGGACAGGCACGGCAGGAGACCCGUGAUGCUCUUCAACAUGGUGCUUGGAGGCCUCGCCUGCAUCGCCACUGUCUUCGUUCCAUCAGAAAUUGCAUGGCCCACCGUGGCGCUGUGCAGCCUAGGAAAACUGAGUAUCACAGCAUCCUUCGCCACGAUUUACGUGUACGGUGCCGAACUGUUCCCAACCGUGCUCAGAACUUUGGCCAUGGGGAUCGCUGCCAUGACAGCAAGCAUCAGUCUCAUCAUUACACCUCAGAUACUCUACAUGGGUCAAAUUUACGGCGUGGUCGUCCCCAGCUCUAUUUUCGGAGUCAUGUCGGUGGCAGGGGGCUUAGCCAUCUUGCUCCUACCGGAAACAAUGAAAGUGCGCCUGCCGCAAACCCUCAGCGAAGGAGAGGCUUUCGGAAAGGACGUUCAAUCCUGCGGCUGCUUUAGGAGCAGGACGAGUGAGGAAGACAGCGAUAAAAGUAAACAAGGAAAGCAACACCAAGAAACAUUGAGUGUAUGAACGCAGUAAAUGCAGCUAAGUUUUCAA